AUAAUUCGUGGAUUUUCUUCAAUUGGUGGAAUUCGAUUGGCGCAACUGUAUCAACCAAUCCGGAACGGAAAUGUAAGUGUUAAAAAAAAGGAUUGGAUAAUCCUUUGUAUCAAGAUUGUUUACGUUAGAGCGCAGACAGUGAAGAAAGAAACUUAAAAAAUUUCUGAAUAACGGACAUUGAAGGCAUUUGAUAUUGUUCGAUUAACGUACAGGCGUUUCAGUUAAUUAUCAGUCGUAUUCACCUUCUCUGAAAAUAAAAAAUGGUAUUCCGAAGGAAAAUGAGAGCAUCAAACACUGAGGAGGCAAAGAAUACAGCAGUGGUUCUUGAGGUGAAGGACAAGGAGACUGUCAUCAAUGCUAAUCUCCAGGGCAAGGUCGGAGUGAAGAAAUCACCUGGGGGAAAUUCUCCAGUUGGUAUUCGUAGAAGUAGUCGACGCAGGAAAGAACCGGCGAAAUAUUUCUCUCCAUCCCCUUCUCCAGGUCCUUCCAGGGUAUCCAUUUUCUCAAAGACCCCAGAGAGUUCACAAACAGAGGCAGACAGUGACGAUACCGAGGAGAAAACUCCCCGAGGACCUAAAAAGGCUAUUAAAAAAAAGAGAAAGAUAAUGAAACUCAAGAAAGAACAGAUUAGCCCGAAGAUGACUGAUUACGAGAAAAUGAUCCAGAAGAACAUCAGGGAGCGAGAAGCCUUUCUUGCACAUAUGUUGAAACGGGAGGGCAACUCGUUCGAGGAGGAAAAGAAUAUGAAGACCUCCAGGAAGACGAAACGACGUGAUUCGUCGACGAAUGAUGAUGAGGAGAUCGUGCAGCAGCCAAAGAGGAGGAAGAAAGAGGCCACGAGAAAGAGGAAGGCCACAUCUGAUAAUGAGGAUGGGGAGGAGAGUGACGUGGGGCACAACACGAGGAGCAGAGGAGCUGCAAAGAGAUCUAGAGGUAUUUACGAGGAACAUGGCUCCAGUGGUGGAGAUGACACUCUCCCGGAUGGAGCUAAUGUCGAUGAGGGGUCUCAUAGGAAGAGGAAAACUAGGAGUUAUGAAAAAGCGAGGAGUAAUGCGGUUGUCACCAAGGGAUUUGCGCUGCUGGCAGAGAAGAGGGAAGUGCUCAGAGCAAAACGUACUCAGCAUGUUGAAGGAGGGUCUCUUGGUAAUGAACAAGACACAGGGAAAAGUGAUGACGACACGAAGGACGAGGACUGCGUGGGGGGCGACUUCUCGUCUGAGGAGCAAGAAUCGUAUGUAGAUGACGAGCCUGAAAGUAGAAAGAGGCAAAUUGUCACUCCAGGUGAGAAUUUGAAAGAUAAUGGAGAGGGAGGAGAAGAUUUUGUGACUCUUGGUGGAGAAAGUCAACUUGGGACUCCAGAAAAAUCCACUGUUUUUGGAGAGAAAAUUGAGAAGGUUGAAAGUGAUAAUCAAAAUGUUAUCAGUUCUUCCCAAGAUAAUAUUAAAAAUUGUGGAGGAAGCAAUUCUGACGAAGGAAUGGAUCCAUUUGCUGAAAGGCAAAGCAAUGUUGAGACUUCUCACAUGAAAGAGAGUGGAAACUCUGAUGAGACUGAGGAAGAAGCUGCUGUCAAGGAGAGAAAGGAGAGAAAGAGUAAGGAGUUCUUGGAGGAGAAUAAAGAGAAUUCUCUCCCUGAGGAGGCACCACGCUGCCCUAGUCCUGGAGAAUAAUCUUGACGAUAUGAGUAUAUUCGAGUAUAUUCACGACUUGCAGAAGUCGUGAGUCAUGCAAUGUUCUGACUUUUUACCUACUUUACUAAACAGGAGGAGAACGGAGGAGAAUAAAUUUUAAGAACUUCGCCGAUAUAUAAUUGGGAAUUCGAGAUUAAUCAGAUUUGUUUGAUUAAUCAUAUUUCUUCAUUAUCCUCUUUUUUCGAUCCGGAUAAUAAGAACUGGAGUAACAAGAAAAUCGUUACCAAAAGGAACAUAAAAAUGAAAAUUUGUUGACGAAUUUUCAAUUAUUAAAAGAGACUCGAAUCUCUGUUAUGUUUCGUAAAUCUCGUAAUUCUCGGCG